AUGUUAUUAUGGUCAAUGACCCGUACUAUAAUAAGCGAUCCAGGUAAAGUUCCUACAUAUUGGGGUGUAAUAAUGGAUGAUCCCGAGAGUAAAAAAAGGCGAUAUUGUCUAAUAUGUCAUUAAUUUAAACCUGAAAGAUCCCAUCAUUGUUCCACAUGUUAGCGUUGUGUAUUAAAUAUGGACCAUCAUUGUCCCUGGAUAAUGAAUUGUAUAGGUUAUUAGAACCGCAAAUUUUUUAUUUUGAUGAUAUUUUAUAUAACUUUAACUGUAUUUUUCAUUGUUUUAGUAGAGUUGCUAGAAUUAAUUUAAUUUUUUGAAAAUUAUAAAAAUAUACGAUUUGAUGUAAAUACAAUCUUAAAAAUUAUAGGAUUUACUACCAGUGUAUUUUUUCUUGGAGUUAUUUCGAAUUUCUUUAAAUUUCAUAUUUAAUUAUUAAUGACUAAUUCCACUACAAUAGAAACUAUGGAUAAAUAAAGAUAAGAAUAACAAGGAUAAAUUGUUGUAAAUAAAUAAAACCCUUUCGAUCUUGGAUAUAAAUAUAAUUUCUAUUAAGUUUUUGGAUUAAAUCCUUUAUUGUGGCCUUUACCAAUGUUUGCGUAAUCUGGAAAUCCUUAUGGAGAUGGGGUUAUUUGGGAAAAAAAGUAAACGGAAUAAAAUACUUAGGAAGAAAAUAAUUGA